CCAUUCUUGCGCAUGCCCCCUUCCUCCCUUUUGAUCGCCAACACCAAGAUGGCCAAGCGUACGAGGAAGGUGGGAAUCGUCGGGAAGUACGGCACCCGUUAUGGCGCCUCUCUGCGUAAGACCAUCAAGAAGAUGGAGGUGUCUCAGCACUCCAAGUACACAUGCACCUUCUGUGGCAAGGAAAACAUGAAGAGAAAAUCUGUUGGAAUCUGGUCCUGUAAGAGCUGUAGGAAGACCAUUGCAGGCGGAGCCUGGGUGUACAGCACGACAGCAGCAGCCACAGUCCGGUCUGCGGUGAGGCGUCUGCGUGAAAUGAAGGAGCAGUAAGCUGUUAGAUUUGUACAGAAGGACGUCUGGUCGAUCAAACCUCCCAACAAGCAGCCAUCCUUACAACAUCAGGAUUACCUGCACCUGUUGGAACGUUCUGGAAUCUGGCCGUGGUAACUCUGAAUAAAAUGUGUACUGAAAACUUCA